AUGGCUCAAUCUUUCCACCUUUCUUCUCCCAUCACGGGCAUUAGUCCUAUAAAACCUAGUAAUUGUUGCUCCGACCUGGUUGCGCUCGACACUCCAAAGGAGUUGAUCGAGGGAACACACGCAGCGAGGUCGGAGCGCAAGAAGGUGAUUGUGGUGGGCGCUGGCGUUUCUGGCCUACAUGCCGCGGCUGUCCUGCACCGCCACGGUUGUGAAGUGGUGGUAUUAGAAGCACGCGAUCGCAUUGGUGGAAGAAUCCUGACCACCCGAAAGGGUGACCAUGUCCGAGAUAUUGGCGCCGCUUGGAUGCAUGAAACUUCCCAGAACAGCCUGGUGAAACUCAUUCCCCAGCUAUCUAUCCCAUAUUAUUAUGACGAUGGCGUACCUCUGUACUUCACUAGAGAAGGCCGGGCUGGAUCCCAGUUCAAAGCCAAGAAAGUCGCAGACGAGUUCGCAGAUUACUGCGAGUGGUUUUACGAAACUAACCCGGAGGCUGAGGACCGCCCUGUCCACGAAUUCGCGAAAGAGUUCGUCCUCCAACAUCAGCUCAUCACCGAAGAUGAGCGUGAUUGGGCCCCACAGGCUGUCCGCGAGGUAGAACUGUGGAUCGGCACUAGUACGGACCAAGCAUCGUCCAAGCAUCUCUCUUAUUUCAUCACCGAGCGCAAUCUAUAUAUGAAGGGUGGGUAUGAUCGGAUCGUGAACUGGGCUGCGGAGACUCUCCGAAGCGAUGGCAUCAUCAGACUCAACCACCAUGUCGAGGAGGUAGAAUGGAAUGAAGACGGGGCCACGCCAGCUCGAAUUCAGUACAGGAAUGCUGCCGGAGAAAUAGGGUUUAUUGCAGGAGACGCAGUUAUCAUGACUAGCCCACUGGGAGUCUACCACCACAACCUCAUCUCAUUCAAUCCACCCUUGCCGAGUGAUAUCCAAGAGGGAAUGUCUAGGUUCAGCUACGGCGCCUUGGGCAAAGUGUUUUUCGAGUUCGACGAAGUCUUCUGGUCAAAGGAAAACGACCAGUUUGUCUUCUACCCAUCUCCGCCAGAGGAAUCGGAUACUUCAUCCGGGUCGUCUGUGCAAUCCACCCCCAGUAUAAAUUCCAUCGGAGAGAAGGAUAAUAUCCUCAACUACGCUACCGUGACAAUCAACCUAUGGAUUAUGACGGGGAGCAAAGAACUGUGCGUACAGAUUGCCGAGCCUCUGACACAACGCAUCGAGAACAUGCAAGAUCCAAAGGAGAUAUACCUAUUUUUUGAACCACUUUUCAAACUAUUCCGUACAGAACCCUACAAGGCUCUGCCUGGCCUGAUCAAUGUUGAAACAACACAUUGGACCCAGGACCCGCUGGCCGGGUAUGGAACCUACUCCGCCGACAAGGUUGGAGAUGACCCCCAGCUGCUGGUUGAUGCGUUAGAAAACCACAAAUCCAGUCGCUUGCAGUUCGCCGGUGAACAUUGUACUCUCGUUGGGAAUGGUUGCGUGCAUGGUGCUUUCAAGACGGGUGAAACCGCUGCAACAAAUCUUCUUGAUGAAUUUGGCAUUCUGUAUGACGGCGUUGAUGUCACCAGUUCGAGAUAA